GCGCUCCGUUCUGUGAUCAAGGCUGUACUGGACCACACCAGCCAUGUUUGCUAAUUUAAAACCCAAAGGUUAGAGAAUAGUUGUUUAUUAUUUAUCGCUUUGUCAUCUUCAUCCGUAAAUCCGUUGAGACGAAGGUUAAGAGUCCUCUGCGCCUUCGGGAUCCAAGAACUAAAAGAUGGACUCAAAUAACCAUUUCAACUAUGGCACCCACUCCUCAGCAAACUCAGGACUAAAACUCUCCUCAGGGGAUUCUCUUUAUACUAACGGGUCCUCCAUGAGUUUUCCCCAGCAGGGGAAGAAUAUGAAUGGCGAAAUGAAUGUGAAUGGCGUCACUACUGUACUUGGGUCCAGUGUGCCUGGUUCCCACCCACCAUCAGCUUCUUACCCUCACGUGAGCAACCACCACCAGAGUAGCAUGAGCUAUGACUACUUGUGGGGUGGUCAUCCUCAGUAUGGUCCAGGCAUGGCCACUUCUCCUGGGCACGGGAUGCACCAGAAGCAGCCUGCACCUGGAAUGGGUCAGCCUCAGUCACAGCACCACUUCCAGGGUCAUGGACAGUACCAAUUGAAUGGGGGUAUCGAAAGUUCCCACCAGUCCUCUGUUGCAGGCCCUGCAAACAUUCCUCUAACGGGGAAUCAGUACUGGAACAGGAGUAACCCUGGCCAGCAGCAGAUGAGUUAUAAUUCCCACAGCAUGUAUGGGACUUACCAGAGUCAGGCACAUCCUGGGAUUACAUCACCACAACAUCACCAGCAGCAGUCCUUACAACAGCCCCCACAUCAACCAUCACAGCAGCACCUCCACUCCCAUCGUCAGCCACACCAUCAUCACCACCAGCAGCACCAGCAACCACAGCAUUACGGUAUGAUGCCUAAUGGGAUGCCCUACUACCAGCAUCAGCCCCAGCACCCAUCCCUGCCAUCUCCUCAGCAGCAGCCGCCACAGCAGUCUCAGCCUCAAGGCCAGACUCAGAUGAUGUCCCCAACUUCACAGAAUUUUACUCCUCCACGUGGCAGCCCACAGCACCACAGCUUAGGCAGAGGGAGCACCGGCAGUCCUCUGCCUGUGGGGAUGUCAUCAGGACCAAUUAUUUCACCUUCAGCAGCACAGGAUAGUGGAUCCCCCAAGGGUCACAGCAGGGAGCGGAGCCCCCAUACUAGCAAUGUGGGAAUAUCUUCUCCAGCACGAGGGCAUUCAAGGGAAGCUGUCAAAGAGGUUGACACAAGCUAUAAUAGCAGUGAAAGAGCACCCGUUGCCCAGAGGCCACCCAAGACUGACAGUUACCAACCCAAACUAUCGGCUGCUUAUGUAGGUCCUCAAGGUGAUUAUCAUCACCAUUCAGAUCAGCCAGAAGCUUUACAUCAAGAAAUGACCUCCCCUGUCAGAGAUCCAGCCGUUCUCCCAGUUCCCCAGUGUGUGUCAUCUCCGGUCUCUGCAGCAUCAGCAUCUCUAACCAAGGCCUCAACACCACCACGGGUCUCUGCACCUCCUACUUUCUCUGGAUCUCCCACAUCUGCGCCUGGAGCUCCUAUGGUUUCAUCCCGUGAUGUAGAAUCUGCUCCCCCACAAAUGUCAGCUCCUUCCAAUGCGUCCCUUGCUCUAUCUGCAGUUGCUUCUUCCAGACUGUCCUCACCUCACCGAAUGAUGCAAGGCCUCAGAACUUCAACCUCUGGGGCAGCUGAGAUAUCCCCUGCAGGGUCCAAGCAUCCGUCAGAAGGAUCCUCAUCACCCCUGUCUGCAUCACCUUCAAAGGUUUCCAAACCUCUUGGUUUCACUGAAAGCAUGUCUAGACCUGCAGCAGGCUCUUCAGGACCUCCAGUCUCAUCUUCAUCAGAGUCUUUGCUUCAUCAAGCAAAGUCAGCAUUGCCUCCCUCAGUUUCUUUACCUUCUCCAACUGUUUCGUCUCCUGCCGUAGCCUCCAUCCCUUCUUACUCCACACCCAUCCCAUCCCUAGAGACGGUUCAUGGGUCCAAGUCGCAUUUAACACCAUGCUUCACUGAUUCAUCUCGAGGUCAGCAUGAAACACCUGGUCCUCCUAAGUUGAUGUCUGCUAAUCUAUCUGUGAGUGUAAAUUCCCUACCUGAAACAUCCCCGACUUCAGCCUUGUCGUUGCCCGACCAUCGUUUGUCAACAUCUGCUUCUCCUGCAUUAGCAUCACAAACCUCUUUAGUUGGCAGUAAACCUUGUGAACAAACACCAGUUUCCCAGUGUCAGACAUACACUAGUCCAGGUGUUGAUACAGGUAUUUCUACCGAUUCUGCAUCAUCAACACCACCAGGGGGUGUUAACCUACCCCCUCUAGCAGCCCAAGACAGUCCUACAGUCCAACCUCUGUUUACCCUACCUCUUGUAACCACUCAAGCCUCCAGGACUGCACCCAUGUCCUCCCCUCCUGCCUUGGUGUCUGUGCCUCCUGAAAUGGAUAUGUCUUCUAGAGUGGUGCAAAGCUCUGACUGUGAGCAGCAUCCUCCAAACACCACCACCACUCCGUGUGUGCUAACACAGUCUUCUUCUGAGUCAGACCAACGUGGUCUCAGUAAGGAAAGGAAAGCAGUGGAAAUUAAAAGAAAUGGAAAACCAGAGGAAUCUCUUUCCCAGCUGGAUCCAGGAACAAUAGGGACAUCACAGAUGGAAGCGACUGAAACUAAGAAAUCAGAAGUCUACUCACACAAAUCCCUCAGCGAUCUUCCAGGAAAACCCUUACAGAGCACCAGUGUUCCUGAUAAAGAUCUCAAGAAUAAACAAACCGAUUUUGAGAAGUCGUGCAUGCAGAGUAGCAUGGUCUCAGAGGCAGGGGACUCCUCAGUGGAGUCAUCUCCACUCGGAAAGUCCCCACAGCUUAACAGCACAAGAGUACAACAUCUGACAGAUGAACAAAGUUUUGAUAACUCUUCCCAUACUUCUUCUCAUUAUGAUGGCAAUACAACAUGUGACACCCCCUCUAGAAUUGAUAUCAGCUCUGUCUUGGAAACAACCUCUGUUUUAGGUGAUAGCUUAUGUUUAGGGGACUCCUCUGACUUUGAUCACAGCUUUCCCAUGAGAAAGGACACUUCUCAGUUUGACAGCAAAUCCCAUGCUAAGGAGGAACAAUCUACUACAUUUAACAGCACUAAAAAUACCAGCUUUUCUGAAGAUGACUCUGAAGAUAACGUGGUGGACUCGACCAGGGAAGAGGAAACAUCCCAGGCAGAAAAGACAAGCAGCUGCCAAAUGACAGAAGAGUCCAUGCUGGCGUCUUCCUUAAACAAUACCUCUCAAACUGAAGACCCUCCUGUUGAUUCAAGUGUGUCAGAUUCACACCUAUUUGUCUCAUCUCAGCCAGUUGUUCAAGGUCCUGAAGCAGAGUGGGAGCCCAGAGGAUGUGAUACACCAGACUCAGCUGGACACAUUAUUAAGACCACUGCUAAUGAGACAAUGACACCCCCAAGUUUCAAGAUGAAAGAUGAGAAUUUCAUCGCCUUCAGUACCCCAGCAGAGAGCCCUGCUGUACACCCACUCCAACCAGUAACGGAGCAGACUGUGUCAGCUGCUGGAGGCCUGAAAACCCAAGGGACACCACGUAAACCUCGAACUCCAAAGGCAGCAUGGAUUAAAACCACAGCUCCAGAGGAGGCCCAGCGAAAGCCUAGAGUUCGAGCCCUAAAAGUGGAGAAGAUAAAGACUGAUGAAGAAGGAGGUGCUAAAGAUGGCGCAAGGGGCAGAAAGAGAAAGAAAUCUUUCAAGAUGGAGGCCAAAAAUGCAUCAGAUGUGUCAGCAGGGGCUGGGUCUCUCACACAGGAGGUGGAUCCAAUAACGGCUGCGAUUGAAGCUGUUCUGGCCAACGCUGCAGCUAUCAACACAGCAGCUGAGAAACCCAAGAAGAUGAAAAGGGUCAGAAAACAAGAUCAAGAAGGAAAUGUCACAACUCAGAAACGAGAUGCUGAAACAACCGCUAAUGAUGGUGAUGAAAAUGACGACGAUAGCUCCACUGCAGGCGAAUCAAACAGAAGAAGGGUUGCAACAGAGGACCAGGUCCAGUUCCCUCUGCAGCACGGCUGGAGGAGGGAGAUUCGUGUGAAAAAAAUGGAGAACCGCAUGAAAGGUGAAACUUGGUAUUACACUCCUUGUGGAAGGAGGAUGAAGCAGUUUCCAGAAAUAAUCAAGUACCUGAAGAAACACACAGACAGCGUGGUCACCAGAGAACACUUCAGUUUCAGCCCACGAAUGCCUGUUGGAGACUUUUAUGAAGAAAGAGAAACUUCAGAGGGCACAAAGUGGGUCAUGUUGGCUAAUGAAGAAGUUCCCUCUAUGAUCAUGGCCAUCACUGGCCGGCGUGGUCGACCACCAAACCCCGAUAAAGAGAAACCCCGCAGGGUCCGUGGUCUAAAAGGAGGGCAGGCUCGUCGCCCUGGUAGACCUCCCAAAUUUAAGAUGAUCGACCUUCUCAGCAAAGUUGACGCCAAGCUGCUGAAACGACUUGAAGCCAAGGAAGCUCUCACCGAGGAGGAGAAGGAGAAAUUAGCAAAAAUCAAAAAGAAAAUGAAAAGAAAGGCAAGAAUGAAGAGAAGGGAGGACGCAAAGAUGAAGAAGAUGAAAGAGGAAAAGAAGAAAGCAAAGUUAGAGCAAGAGGGAAAGCUCCUCGAGGGGAAAACUGAACCAACAGACCUGACAACUUCACAAGACUCGCAUUUAGAGCCCACCACAGAGCCCAAAAAACCUGGUCGCAGGAGGUCAGUUAAGGUUGAAGCCACUUCGCCCGUACAGCAGACACCUGGAGAAAGAACAACCCAGAGUAGCAGGGUGCAGAGCGCUCGGAGUAAAGCAAAGGCCUUGGCUAAGGCUCAGGCGGAGGCAGAGGCGGCAGCUCAUGCUGCUCUGGCAGCUAAGAGGGCAGCAGAGCGGAGGGCCCAGGCCCAGAGGCGUCUGGAGGAGCGAAAGAGGCAGCAACUGAUCGCAGAAGAGCUGAAGAAGCCCACAGAGGACAUGUGUUUGACUGACCACAAACCUCUGCCAGAGCUCUCUCACAUUCCCGGUGUGGUUCUUUCUGGAACAUCUUUUGCACACUGCCUGGCUGUAGUCGAGUUCCUACAUGGUUAUGGGAAGUUGAUCGGUCUCAAUGUAAACAAGGACAUCCCCAGCCUUGCUACCCUGCAGGAGGGUCUGCUAGGCCUGGGCGACAGUCAAGGAGAGGUUCAGGACCUUCUGAUAAAGCUGGUGGAGGCAGCAUUGCAUGAUCCAGGCCUACCAUCUUAUUAUCAGUCGGUGAAGAUACUUGGGGAAAAGCUGGUAGAAUUGGAGCUGACCCGCAGCACAGUCUCAGAAGUUCUUCGUAUCUUUUUGGAAUCUUACGGUUAUGAGACGGAGGUUUGCAACACACUGAGGACCAAAACCUUUCACGCCCUGCCUCCUGACACCAAGGCAGCUAUCUUGGGUUUCCUGGUGGAAGAACUUAACAGCAGCAACGUUGUGACAAGUGACAUUGACAACACUUUGGAGAACAUGGCAACCUACAGGAAGAACAAGUGGAUCAUUGAGGGGAAACUUCGCAAACUAAAGGCGGCGCUAGCACGGCGCACAGGACGAUCAGAGGAGGAACUGUGUUUUGAGGAGAGGAGGCGCAGCGCCAGAGUUGCUGAGGAAGAGAACCUCAGUCUGGAGGAGAGUGGUCUAGCUCUGGAAAGAGGAAACCGGCGUGCACGCAAAGAAGAGCCCAAACUCAGUGAUAAUGAGAGCCCUACCAAUGCCAGCAUCCCAGAGCUUGAAAGGCAGAUAGAUAAGCUAACCAAGCGCCAAGCAUUUUUCCGUAAAAAGCUGCUACAGUCGUCUCAUUCCAUGCGGGCGGUAAUGCUGGGUCAGGACCGUUACCGCCGAAGAUACUUGGCUCUACCUCACCUCGGGGGAGUACUGGUUGAGGGGCCCGAAGAGCUGCUGACUUCAGGAGAAGUACUUGUAGCGGAAGUACCUGUAACCUUCCUCAAAAAGGAGCCCAAAGUUGAGGAAGCUCCCAUGCCUACCAGUCCCCCUCCUAUUCUACCUUCCUCUCCGUUUUCGGCCACUCCAGGCCAGGUCCAAGCCUUUUCACCAGAGGAGGACCCUCUUCCUGGCACUGCAUCCCUCAUGAGCACGCAAAGAGGCCGUGGACGGCCCCGAAAAAUCAAACCCGAAGUUGAGCUUCACCUUCGCACGGCAAAGAUCCGUCGCCGGCGUCGAAGUAGCAUCAGGUCAGCGGGAGAAGAAGGGCCGGGAUCACCUAACAGUUACAUGCAUGACCUCACACAAGCAGCUUUCCAGAGCUGGCUCAGCCAAUCACAGGAAGCUGUGACCAAUGGCACAUGCGCAACAGCAGGGGAAGCUCCAGAUGGUAAUCGACCAGAAGAAAGCGUGAAAGAGAUGGCUGAAAAACAAGGACAAUGGUUCAAUCUCCUUCCCAAACAACCGUGUGAUGAUAACUCUCUGACCGAGCCUCAGAUGCUCAAGUCACCCAGCUCGCCUGUUAAACUCCUCCCUCAGAUCCGAAGUGCUGUGCCGCCACUCAUUGCUCCACUCAUGCAGCCCGACCCGCUCUUACCUUGCCAAGCUCCUGCUGACUCUGUGCUGUCCAUACAACAGGACAUCCCAUUACUAGCUGCUGCUCAUGCUGUACCCGUUUGUGCUCCACCAACAAUCCCUCAGCUUGUGCCUGGUCCCAUCGCUCCUCCUCCAGCUGCUCCCGUCACCGUCACAGUCAGGCCGGGUCGCAGACGGAGGAGAGGCAGCAGAGGCAGUAGUCCGGCUCGCCGAGGGCCUCGAGGAGCAGCAGCUAAACGCCGCGGCCGUCCACCUAACUCAGUGUUCCAGGAACUCGAGCAGCAGUACUUUACACAGCUGGUGGUCAAGCCCAUACCAGCAUCAAUGGUGCGUGGCUGGUGGUGGAUCAAGGAUCCAGAAGAACUGAGUAACACUUUUCAAGCACUCCAUCCGCGGGGCAUCAGGGAGAAGGUGCUCCAUAAGCAUUUGGCCAAACACAUGGAGAGCUUAACUGAGAUAUGCACCAAACCUAUUAACGACCCAAUAUUUGAGCUGAAGGUAGAGCAGAAGGAUGUUCUGCUGGAGGCUCUGCAGCAGCCAUGGCAGGUGCAGGAGAAGGCGCUAGAGACUGACAUCAGUGCUCUUCAGUGGGUGGAGGACCUGGAGCAGCGCGUCAUUGCUGCUGAUCUACAUCUGAAGGCACCACCUCAGAGUGCAGUGGGUGAUGCUGAGACAAAUGCAGAAACACCACUUGCUGAGUUUCAGCCCUACACAAUCCCAGAUCCAGACUCCACACGUGAUGACCUUCAGUACUACGAACAUGAUGUUGACCCACGUGAUGACUGGAUUGUGCGAACCAAGAAAGAGUGGUCUGGCCUGCCUCGCAUUGCCACACACCCGUUGGACCUGGCCAUGCUGCGGCUAGCAAACCUGGAGAGAAACAUCGAGAGGCGAUACCUAAAGGAACCGCUCUGGAACCCAGCUGAAGUGAUGCGCCUUGCUCCCCUCACCCCUACACCUGGAGAAGAGCACCCGAUGGAUGUCAUCAGUCUGGAAAGUGAAAUCACCUCUCGGCUACGAACAUGGCGGCAGGCUUUAGACCGCUGCCGCAGCGCUCCUCAGCUCUGUCUGUGUUUACUUCAGCUGGAAAAGGCCAUCGCUUGGGAGAGAUCUGUUACUAAAGUAACUUGUCAGGUUUGCAGAAAAGGAGACAACGAUGAGUGCUUGUUGCUGUGUGACAGCUGUGAUCGGGGCUGCCACAUGUACUGCCUGAGGCCCAAAAUCACCCAGGUGCCAGAGGGAGACUGGUUUUGUCCAACUUGUGUUUCUAAGGAUGAAGGCGAAUUGCAGCACUCGUCCAAAAAGCGCACCAGGAUGAAAAAGAGAAGGUAUGAAGACGACAGCUCUGAGGAUGAGACGAUGACGCGACGUAGCAGCGGAAUGGCAACACGGCACAAGGAGGCAGCACCUCCAUCGUCUUCCCGUUACUCUGGAGAAGGAGGCGGCACCAAACGCCGCCGUAUGACAACACGCAACCAGCCUGACCUCACCUUCUGCGAGAUCAUUCUUAUGGAGAUGGAGGCUCAUGCAGACGCAUGGCCGUUUCUUGAGCCAGUCAACCCCCGGCUGGUACCAGGCUAUCGCCGCAUCAUCAAGAACCCCAUGGACUUCCUGACCAUGAGAGAGAGACUGCUACAGGGAGCUUACUGCAGCUGUGAGGAGUUUGCGGCGGAUGCUCAACUUGUCUUUAACAACUGUGAGCUUUUCAAUGAAGACACAUCGGAGGUGGGAAUGGCAGGACACUCAAUGAGGCGUUUCUUUGAGAGCCGCUGGGCGGAGUUUUACUCAAACAAGGACAAAUAGGAGAUUACAGCGAUCGCCCUGAUGGUGGGGCUGUAGACUGUUGGUGCUUUCACCGUCCCAGUCACACUCUCCAUUACUGCUAAGACUGCCUGGAUGUUGUUCCAGCUAUGUGUAUUAUCUCAUGUAUAGGUAUAUAUGUAUAGAUUUUGGCUCUUUGUCUGUUAUCGUUUCCUCUACAGGCCUAAUCUUUUCUACAAGGCCUACAGCUGAAGUGGCUUGAUCUUGUACCCAUUCCCCUUCAGAAUGAAAACAUGUCUAUCUUCACCCUCUACCUAUUCGUGACUCCUCAUCUUCACCUCAGCACCUUGUCUUCUGUUUGCAUUUUCCUGUCAUGUCCUAUCACAAGCCCCGUGUCAUAGCAAAGCCUUUGGUCAAGUCCCACUGUGGGCUGAUGACAUGGCCUCAGGCCCUGAUUAUUUUAGCUCUCACUCGUACUGAAGGUCAGGGACUGAUCACACUAUUGCAGCCUAACUGCUGCAGACCGGACCUGCUCAGCACAGCUCAACAACAAAAUGGAUCAAUUUUCUUCAGAGCUCGGGCCAUUUCUUACCUUUUCAUUGGAAAUGUAAUGUAAUGUGGUCUCAUGCCUAGAAGUAAUUUUUUGGCUCAAUAUAUUUUUAUUAUAUAUUCUAUAUAUAAAUAUAUAUAAAGAUUACAAUAGCUGGGAUUAUUUAAUAGCAAUAGCUUGUAGUGAAUGUGUACAGAUGACCUUAUAGAGAUGUUUAGACGAUUUAUGAAAAGGCCAGUCAAACUAAAAGGAAUCUGUUGAUGGACUGCCACAAGUAGACAUUGUAUAACCUCCACUUAAAGUCUUGCACGCACACUUUUAACCAAUGCACACAUGAACAUACACACAAUUUUGCACACGAUUUCACAAACAAACACAGCUUCUGCUGCUGUGUGAAAGACACUGGUUUCUGAAACUGGAGGGUUUUUAGUGUCGGUCAGUCUUAGGUUCAGAUUUCACUGUCCCACCUGUGAAGAGCAAAUGUUCAGCUAGUUACACCUGAUCUGUCUACAACCAAAAGGAUGCUUCUGUAAUUUUAGCACCUGUAAAUAGUCUUGUUUGAUUGGACACACACUGAAAGUUUGCUGUCACACUGUUGUUGUGAUUUGCAGGUUUUUUUUUUUUAAACAUUUGCGCAUGUUUGACACAAUGAAGUCUGCGGCCAAAUGUUUAAACUAACAUACACUCUUGUGUUUGUGGCUUGUUUUGACCAGAUGAAAACCUCCAAAAGUGGCUUCAGUAGACUGAAAUCCUCUUAUUUUAAAGGCUAGCAUUACAAAUGAACUGAUGUUGAAGUACUGGGUGCAUUUGUGCCUGGUUUCUUGUCUUACAUUCCUUUUUAUUGAUUUUUUUUUUGUGCUGUACAAGGGCCAAUGUACGACGUUGCGCGGCAUGGUUGGUGUGCUAUAAAGGCAACAGGAUUACUCCACAGUCUGGAUUUUAUUUAUGUUUCUUACACUGAACUCAAAUCCAUUGAUAGGAAAUAAAUUUAAUGUUCCUUAUUACAUUUAAAGGGACAGUAUGUUUUUUGUUUUGUUUUGUUUUUUCUUCAAAAAAGAAAAAAGUCAAAAACCAAAUGUGGUGUUAAGUGAAUUUUUAAUAAUGUACAGUUUUGGUGACUUUAAAUUUGUUCCUUUAUAUUUUUAGGACCAAUUCAUCAUUUUUAAGAGGAAGUAUUACAAGACUGUUGUAUUAAGGUGAUGUAACACGUGUGCAUCUGUAGAAUGUACUGUGAGUUGAAUAAAAACACAUCUUGUAGAGAGUA